AUGGCCCCUUUCCGUCGCCUUCCGCGGCUCCCUUCCUUCUUCAAGAUCUUUCUCAACCGUUCCGUCGAUCACCUGCCAUUGCCAUCUGGUUUUGUCCACAAGCACAUGGAGAACAACAUCCCUGACAACGCAACACUCCGAUCUGUAAAUGGAGGCUAUUCCUGGAGAUUGAAGAUCAAAAAAGACGGUGAUAUUUACUGCUUUGCCGAUGGAUGGAAGCAGGUCGUUGAAGACACCCAAUUGGUUUUUGGGGAUGUUCUUGUCUUUUGGCUCGUUGGUCGCUCCAUUUUCAAACUCUUAAUUUUCGGUACAGAUUGCUGUGAAAAAGAUUUCCCCCCAAAAAUAAAGCUUGAACAUGAUCAUGAUCACAUUCAUGAUGAAGAAGAUGAAGAUGAUGAUAUUGAUGGGGAUGCCGGGGAUCCUUGCUUUACGAUGGUUUUAUCUAAAAAACAAAACCUUGCUUUGCGGUUUCCGCGGGAAUUUGCCAGGUUGAUCAGAAUGAAGGCAGGAAGAACAAUAAGUAUGAAGAAUCUGGAAGGAAAAGAGUGGCCAGUAAGGUUACUUUCAGAGGGGGUUCAUUAUACAAGGUAUUAUUUGUCGAAGGGGUGGAGUGAAUUCAGGCGAGAUAAUGACUUAUGUGAAGGAGAUGCAUGUGUAUUCAAGUAUCUCAGAAGCGAAGAUAAGCUCUGUUUAGCAGAAGUCACCAAGAAAAGAGUUCCAGAUGCUGUUGAAGUUCUGAAGAGACUGAGAGGGCGGGCGGCACCUGUGGUGGUGGAACAGCCCGCCGGAAAAGUUUUAAAGAGACCGAGAGGUCGGCCGUCGCGUGCAAAGGUGGUGGUGGAGGAAAAGGUGCAGUAUACAGAGCCAGAUGGCAACGUUCCGGUGGCUGAAGUUGCCCAUGUUUUAAAGAGGCCAAGAGGUCGGCCACCGUGUGUGGAGAAAAAGGUGCAGUCCACAGAGCCAGAGCCGCCAGAUGGCAAAGCUCCGGUGGGUGAAGGAUUGAAGAGGAAGAGAGGGCGGCCGAGGCGUGUGGAGGUGGAGAGUAAAAACGGCGGUGUGACGGUGGUGAAGAGACCACGUGGAAGGCCAUUUAAGAAGAAGAGAGGGCGGCCGGCCGGUGGCUCAUGUUGA